AUGAUGAAUUACUCAUGGGUUAUUCUGCUACUGCAAAGCGUCUCAGUUGCAGCUGAAUAUGUUUCUGAUAGCUGCCUCAUCGCACUUCGCUCUACUACACAUGUCUCUAGACGCCAUACCACAAUCCAAGAUUUCUGCACUAGCUAUUGUCAAGAUUCGACCGUUAUCAUUCCAGAACAAGUAAAAAUAGCAUGUCGGGACGACAGUAAUGAAUUCGACCAGGAACGAGUUGCUAGUGAUUGCGCGUGUGAGGUUGCGCCGACAGAAAUCACACCAACGUUAGUCACGCAGGCCCAAAUCACGUCGCCACCUACUGUUGCAGAGGAAAAGUUUGUUGAGCCUUGCGCUCUUGUCAGUAGUUCUUCUGCUGCACAUGUAGCUACAGCACCUUCUACUUGGCCGACAAUCUCCGCACAGCUUGCCCAUGAAUGCUUAAACUCGGUGCCACUUAACAAGACAGCUGCUGUAGAGCUUGUUGACGCUAUUGAACCGUACAUGGAAUGGCAAAGUGAUCUGGCGUGGAAAAAAGAUCCCCCAGCAGAUUAUGGCUGCCCGGCUCACGAUGUCAUCGCUGCACUAGACCAAGUUCGAAAAAACUUGGUUGAAAACAAGUAUGCAAACGAAUACGUCUUUCAGGCCGAUUUGUAUCAAGUUUUUGUAAAAGCUUGCGACGGUCACUUAAUCCUAUAUCCUGAUGCCAUAUCAAAAUCAUUUAUAUUUGCUCGCCAGCGUUCACUUGUUUCAAUUAGCGAGGACGGACGAUCACUUCCCGUUAUCAAACUUCAUACCGAUGUUUUGUCCACACCUGAGACGGCACCAAUCGUCGCUCAAAUUAAUGGCGUAGACGCUUAUACAUAUGUCUUUAAUUUCAGCAGGGAUGCACCCGAUUAUCCAGAUCUCGAUGCUUCCUACAACAGCAUGUUCUUUAGCAAAGCAUCCCAUGCGGCGUCCGGCUGGGAAGGCUUCUUCUCUGAAGGGGGACGUCUUCAAUUUAUAUACCCGGGACCUAACACAACUUUCACAUUUACUAACGGAUCAUCACUGACGUUAGAAAACAUUGCUAGAGUCAUUGGAAACUUUAGUGAUGUUGCUAAUGGCCAACAAUUUUACUCGAAAUUUUGUUCCAUCAAUUUCGAUAAUCCUACAGAGAGUAUUGAUGUGACCCAACCAGCAGCUCAUCCCCUAGUAGCCUCUGAAUAUGCAACUCCCGUAAUCACAACAAGUGAUUCAACGUUGUCUGGGUACUACAUCGAUGGGAAAGGACAAGAAGAAGUAGCUAUUUUGAGUGUUUUGAGCUUUCGGCCUGAAUCUUUAACUGAAUUUCAGGAGGUUGCACAACAAUUCAUGAUCAAUGCAAAGAGAGAUGGCAAGACAAAAUUAAUCAUCGAUCUAAGCGAUAAUGAAGGUGGAUCUUCUCUCCUAAGUCAUGAUUUAUUCCGACAAUUUUUUCCUACUAUUCAGGAGGAUGAAGUUUAUCGUUGGAGGGUAGGAAAAGCUUUCAUGGCAUUGGCUGAGAUAUUUUCCGCAGACUCUGAUGAUUUUGAUCCAGUUAAUGCUACAGAAGGCGAGAUUAGAUGGAAUAAAUCCUGGUUUAAUUACCAUUCUGAUUUGAAUAUAGACUACCAGCCGUUUAGGAGUCUAGAGGAGAAGUUUGGUCCUUACACUAUAAAGGGGGAUAAUUUCACCAAUAACUCGCGAUGGAACCUCAACGACCCUAUCCUCACUUCUGAUGCUAUUCACGGGCCUGGUUUUAAUAUUACUGGUUAUGAUUCCCGUAAAAUUUCCACGCAGCACUUUGAUGCAAGCAAUAUUAUAAUGCUUUACGAUGGAUAUUGUUCAUCAGCUUGUGCCCUCUUUGGUGGAUUUAUGCGGAACCAAGGAGGCGUAAAGUCUAUUGCCAUGGGAGGCCGUCCAAAGGAAGGUCUAAUUCAAGGAGUUGGUGGAAUUAAAGGAGGCGUGAUAUAUAGUUUGAAACACAUCUUCCAAUACGCACAAGCGGCAGUGCAUUGUGCUACCGAAGCUCAAGCAGAGAUUUUGAAUCAGCUGUCACUACUUCCUUCGCAGCGAUCCCUUGCUGCCUACGUUAAUAUACGGCACUCCAUUUCUUCUAGAAACCUUGCCGAUGGACUUCCGUACAAUUAUGAUCGAGAAGAAUCUGAAUGUCGAUUAUUCUAUACAGCAGAUAUGGUGUAUGAUGUAACAGCGCUUUGGAAGGCCGCAGCUGAUGCUGCAUUUAAUGAUAAAGGUUGUGCUUAUGGCAGCCUACCUAAGAGGCUAUAA